AUGUUGCACAAUCCCACCAUUGCCGAGCAGCACGAGCAUUGGAUGGCCAAUUACGGCCGGACCUACAACGACCCACAGGAGAAGGCGAUGCGCCAAGCGAUUUUCGCAAAGAACUUGCAGUUCAUCGAAGAUUUCAACAAGUCCGGGAAUCGGACUUUCAAAUUAGGUCUCAACCAAUUCUCAGACUUGACCAACGAGGAGUUUGUCCGGAGCCAUACUGGAUGCUUGGCACCCAGGCGACCUGAGCCUGCCAUACCAACAUCCGUUAGCCACCAAAAGCUGACCGCAGAUGUUCUUGAUCACAUUGACUGGGUAGAGAAAGGUGUUAAAGAAGCUGACUUGAAGACUGCAAGCAAUUCGCUCCCUGAUCACACCGACAAAGUAAAUGCGGUAUUCAGUUCUGAAGACAGUCAGAGCAGAAAUGUCGAAGUGCAUACUGCUGACAUUCAUCAAAGGCUGGUGAAGGCCGAGUAUUAUUUAGGCAAUGAAGUGCCACCCUUAGCAACAGAGAAAGAAGGGCAGAUGACAUGA